GUGCGGCUGUGCGUCCCCCUCCUUCUCUCUGUAUCCAGCACAGCACAAUUGCCGGGGCAGCCAUAUUGAGAUGAUGAGCUGACAAUCCUCCUCGGCUUCGCCAGGGAUGGGACCGGAGGAUGAGAAUGGAUGAUUUGGAAUCGGUAGCUUGGUGCAGUUAGAAUUCAGGAAGGUAACCCCGGAAGAGGGAAGAAACCACUGUGGAAGUCUCUGGUACCUAGUUUGUGGAGUACGCGCAAGAAGCUGCCAACAUGUCAGGCGCUUCUGUCAAGGUGGCCGUCCGGGUUCGACCCUUCAACUCCCGAGAGACCGGCAAGGAGUCCAAAUGCAUCAUCCAAAUGCAAGGCAACUCAACCAGUAUUCUCAACCCAAAGAACCCCAAGGAGCCACCCAAAUCCUUCAGCUUUGACUACUCCUAUUGGUCCCACACCUCGUCUGAUGACCCUUGCUUUGCGUCCCAGAACCAAGUUUACAAUGAUAUUGGGAAGGAGAUGUUGCUGCAUGCCUUUGAGGGCUACAACGUGUGUAUUUUUGCUUACGGCCAAACUGGAGCCGGGAAAUCUUAUACUAUGAUGGGGAAGCAGGAGGAGAACCAGGCGGGCAUCAUCCCACAGCUCUGCGAGGAGCUGUUUGAGAAGAUCAAUGACAACAGCAACGCGGAAAUGUCUUACUCAGUUGAGGUCAGUUACAUGGAAAUCUACUGCGAGAGAGUCCGAGAUUUGCUGAAUCCGAAGAACAAGGGGAACUUGCGCGUCCGAGAGCACCCUCUGCUCGGGCCCUAUGUGGAGGAUCUCUCCAAACUCGCUGUCACUUCUUACACUGACAUUGCGGAUCUCAUGGACGCCGGGAACAAAGCAAGGACGGUGGCCGCAACCAACAUGAACGAAACCAGCAGCCGUUCUCAUGCUGUGUUUACGAUUGUGUUCACGCAAAAGAAGCACGAUCCUGAAACUGACCUGUCCACCGAGAAGGUGAGCAAGAUCAGCCUUGUGGACCUGGCAGGGAGCGAAAGGGCCGACUCGACUGGGGCCAAAGGGACCCGAUUAAAGGAAGGAGCAAAUAUCAACAAAUCCCUCACCACCCUGGGGAAAGUCAUUUCCGCCUUGGCCGAAGUGGAUAAUUGCACCAGCAAGAGUAAGAAGAAAAAGAAGACGGACUUUAUUCCAUACAGGGAUUCGGUUUUGACCUGGCUGCUUCGGGAAAACCUAGGUGGCAAUUCAAGAACUGCAAUGGUGGCUGCUUUGAGUCCAGCGGACAUAAACUAUGACGAAACUUUAAGCACUUUAAGAUACGCCGACCGGGCAAAGCAGAUCAAAUGCAAUGCUGUUAUCAAUGAGGACCCCAAUGCCAAAUUAGUGCGGGAGCUGAAGGAGGAAGUCACCCGGCUCAAGGACCUUCUCCGCGCUCAAGGGCUUGGCGAUAUUAUUGACAUUGACCCCUUCGAGGAUUUCCCGGAAAGUGGAGGCAAAUAUCUGAAAGAUUUUCAGAACAAUAAGCACAGAUACUUGCUAGCCUCCGAGAAUCAACGUCCUGGCCAUUUUUCCACAGCAUCCAUGGGCUCCCUCACCACGUCCCCAUCUUCCUGCUCUCUCAAUAGUCAGGUGGGCUUGACGUCGGUCUCCAGCAUCCAAGAACGGAUCAUGUCCACUCCCGGAGGAGAGGAAGCCAUUGAACGCUUGAAGGAAUCUGAGAAAAUCAUUGCGGAGCUGAAUGAGACAUGGGAGGAGAAACUGCGGAAGACGGAGGCCAUUAGGAUGGAGAGGGAGGCCUUGCUGGCCGAGAUGGGAGUUGCCAUAAGAGAAGACGGAGGAACGCUAGGCGUCUUCUCACCUAAAAAGAUCUUUCCUCGGAAUUCCUCCACUCUGUUUGACGAGGCUUUUGAUGUGUUUGCCGUGGACCAGAUUUUUACUCCAAGGCCCUGUGACUUGUUUGCCGAUUCCAGUGGUGUCUUUUCACCAAAGAAGACUCCUCAUCUUGUCAACCUCAAUGAAGACCCCCUCAUGUCGGAGUGCCUCCUUUACUACAUCAAAGAUGGUAUAACCAGGGUAGGCCAGGCUGAUGCAGAACGGCGUCAAGACAUUGUGCUGAGCGGGGCCCACAUCAAGGAAGAGCACUGCAUAUUCCGGAGCGAGAGGAACAAUAAUGGCAACGUUAUCGUAACGCUGGAGCCGUGUGAACGAUCCGAAACCUAUGUCAAUGGCAAGAGGGUGGUGCAGCCAGUUCAGCUACGCUCAGGCAAUCGUAUUAUUAUGGGCAAAAACCACGUCUUCCGUUUCAACCACCCCGAACAAGCUCGGGCCGAAAGGGAGAAGACUCCGUCUGCAGAGACUCCGUCGGAGCCAGUGGACUGGACUUUUGCCCAGAGGGAAUUGCUGGAGAAACAAGGAAUUGACAUGAAGCAAGAAAUGGAAAAACGACUUCAAGAAAUGGAGAUUCUGUACAAGAAGGAAAAAGAAGAAGCCGAUCUCUUACUGGAGCAACAGAGACUGGAUUAUGAGAGUAAACUCCAGGCCUUGCAGAAGCAGGUGGAGACUCGGUCUUUGGCCGCCGAGACCACAGAGGAAGAGGAGGAGGAGGAAGAGGAAGAGGUACCCUGGACUCAGCAUGAGUACGAACUUGCCCAGUGGGCUUUCCGGAAAUGGAAGUUUCACCAAUUCACCUCCUUGCGGGAUCAACUGUGGGGCAAUGCGGUCUACCUAAAGGAAGGCAACGCCAUCAGCGUAGAGCUGAAAAAGAAGGUACAGUUCCAGUUUGUCCUGCUGACGGACACACUCUAUUCCCCGCUGCCUCCGGAGCUUCUGCCGCCCGAGACAGAGAAGACCCGAAAUGACCGCCGUCCUUUCCCUCGGACAGUGGUGGCUGUGGAAGUCCAGGACCUGAAGAAUGGAGCCACUCAUUACUGGUCUCUGGAGAAGCUCAAACAGAGAUUGGAGUUGAUGCGGGAGAUGUAUGACCGAGCCGGAGAAAUGGCCUCCAACGCACCGGAGGAGGGCGACAGCACCAUGACGGGCAGCGAUCCCUUCUACGACCGUUUCCACUGGUUCAAGCUGGUUGGGAGCUCCCCCAUUUUCCACGGCUGCGUGAAUGAGCGCCUGGCGGACCGCACGCCCUCCCCCACCUUCUCCACGGCCGACUCCGACAUCACCGAACUGGCCGACGAGCAGCAGGACGAGAUGGAGGACUUUGACGACGAGGCCUUUGUGGACGACACGGGCUCCGACGCCGGCACCGAGGAGGGGUCGGACCUCUUCAACGAUGGGCACGACCCGUUUUACGACCGGUCCCCUUGGUUCAUUUUAGUGGGAAGGGCAUUUGUGUACCUGAGCAACCUCCUUUAUCCCGUGCCGCUCAUCCACCGAGUGGCUGUGGUCAGCGAGAAAGGAGAAGUGCGUGGAUUUCUUCGUGUGGCCGUCCAAGCGAUUGCCGCUGACGAGGAAGCCCCUGACUAUGGAUCUGGCGUCCGGCAGUCUGGCACGGCUAAGAUCUCUUUCGACAACGAGUAUUUUAAUAAGAGUAACUUCUCCUCUGUUGCAAUGACCCGUUCUGGAUUGUCAUUGGAGGAACUGAGAAUUGUGGAAGGACAGGGCCAGAGUUCAGAGGUCAUCACGCCUCCUGAAGAAAUCAAUCCGAUGACUGACUUGGACCUCAAGUCUGGCACCUUGAUGGAUGGCAAGACGGCCCUGGAAGGCUUCACCGAAGAGGUUGGUGACCACCUGAAGCUGGGCAGCGUCUUCACGUUCCGUGUGACGGUGCUCCAAGCCAGUGGGAUCCUCCCAGAAUAUGCAGACAUCUUUUGCCAGUUCAACUUUCUGCACAGACACGAUGAAGCAUUCUCAACCGAACCCCUCAAAAACAACGGCCGUGGGACGCCUCUGGGUUUCUAUCAUGUCCAGAAUAUUUCUGUGGAAGUGACAGAAUCCUUUGUGGAAUACAUCAAGACGAAGCCUAUCGUGUUUGAAGUCUUUGGGCACUAUCAGCAACAUCCGCUCCACCUUCAGGGGCAGGAUCUCAACAGCCCUCCGCAGCCUUCCCGGCGAUACUUCCCUCCUCCCAUGCCGCUCUCCAAGCCAGACCAUGAGAGAAAAAUUGAGUUGAUCAGGUAUCUCAUGUCUGGCUAUGUAAACGUGCAUGUCUUGGACACCUUCUCGGAGCACGCCAACGUGCUGGCCUCCUCGGCCGUGGCAGCCUUCCAGGACGGGGCCGACCAGCUGCCUCCAUUCCUCUUUCUGCCAAUCCCCAGCUGCCAGACCGAGCGGUUCCCCAAGCGAGAUGUCCCAGCGACCAAGCUGAACACGCUAAGCAAGCACAGCUUGGGGCAGAGCAUGACCAAAUACGAUCUCCUGGUGUGGUUCGAGAUCAGCGAGUUGGAGCCGACUGGAGAAUACAUUCCAGCUAUCGUUGACCACACCACUGGCUUGCCUUGCCAAGGAACGUUUCUACUUCAUCAGGGAAUACAGCGCAGGAUCACUGUCACAAUUAUCCACGAGAAAGGAAACGAGCUGCACUGGAAAGAUGUGAGGGAGCUGGUGGUUGGGCGCAUCAGAAACAAAGCAGAAGUGGACGAGGGUGCCGUGGAUGCCAUCUUGUCUCUGAAUAUCAUCUCUGCGAAAUACCUGAGGAUUUCACACAGCUCUAACAGGCUCUUCCUUGAUAAGGAUAUGCCUAGGACCUUCUACCGCUUCGAGGCCGUCUGGGACAGCUCCCUCCACAACUCGCUUCUCCUGAAUCGGGUGACUCCUUACGGCGAGAAGAUCUUCAUGACUCUCUCGGCUUACCUCGAGCUGGACCACUGCAUCCAACCGGCAGUGAUCACCAAGGACAUCUGCAUGGUCUUCUACUCGCGAGACGCCAAGAUCUCACCCCCUCGCUCCCUGCGCAGCCUCUUCGGCAGCGGUUACUCCAAAUCCCCAGAUGCCAACCGCAUAACUGGAAUCUACGAGCUGAGCUUGUGCAAAAUGUCCGAUACGGGGAGCCCAGGGAUGCAGCGGCGGAGGAGAAAAGUCUUGGACACUUCCGUGGCCUACGUCCGGGGAGAGGAGAACCUGGCGGGCUGGAGGCCCCGAGGGGACAGCCUCAUUCUGGAGCACCAGUGGGAACUGGAGAAACUGGAGCUACUCCAUGAGGUCGAGAAGACUCGCCACUUCUUGCUGCUGCGUGAGAAGCUCGGGGACAGCCUGCCCAAGUCCUUGAGUGACUCGCUGUCCCCGAGCCUCAGCAGCGGGACCCUCAGCACCUCCACCAGCAUCUCCUCCCAGAUCUCCUCCACCACCUUUGAGAGCGCCAUCACGCCCAGCGAGAGCAGCGGCUACGACUCGACGGACAUCGAGAGCCUGGUGGAUCGAGAGAAAGAGUUGGCCACCAAGUGCCUGCAGCUUCUUACUCACACGUUCAACCGUGACUACAACCAGGUCUACAACAGCAUCAGUGAUUGUAAGCUCUCCGAUAUCUCUCCCAUCGGGAGGGACCCGUCGGUGUCCAGUUUCAGCAGCGCCACCCUCACGCCCUCCUCGACUUGCCCCUCGCUGGCGGAUUCCAGGUGCAACUCCGUGGAUCAGAAGACCCCUGAAGCAAACUCCCGCACCUCUAGUCCUGGUCCAGAAGGAGAGCCGUUCCAGUUGAUGCCGCCGGUUGAAGCCUCUUACUUGGCCAGGGCCGGCAAGAACGAGUUCCUGAACCUGGUUCCUGACAUUGAGGAAAUCCGACCUGGCUCUGUGGUCUCCAAGAAAGGCUACUUGCACUUCAAGGAGCCCCUCUCUCCGUCGUGGGCAAAGCACUUUGUGGUGGUCCGCCGCCCCUAUGUUUUCAUCUACAACAGCGACAAGGACCCCGUGGAAAGAGGGAUCAUCAACCUCUCCACCGCUCAAGUGGAGUACAGCGAGGAUCAGCAGGCCAUGGUGAAGACGCCCAACACCUUUGCCGUGUGCACCAGACACCGAGGGGUCCUCCUCCAAGCCAUCAACGACAAAGACAUGAACGACUGGCUCUACGCCUUCAACCCGCUUCUCGCUGGCACGAUACGGUCCAAAUUGGCCCGGAGGCGCUCGGGACCGCUGAAGUACUGAGUCCGCUUGGUGGGGCGUCUCCUCUCUAUUUUCCUGCCCCUUCUAACACGCCAUCUGAUAUAGAUAAAAGUGUUACCUCUCAUCUCUCUGUGAUACUCUUGACUCCCUCUCUCUUUUCUCGUAUGUAAUCCUGUGGCUCAACCUCCCUUGCCCCCAGUUGUCCACCUCCUCCUCCGCCUCCUCCUCCUCUUCAGCACUUAACCCCAUUGUUCUCCCCUUCUUCUCUUCCCGCCUCCCCACUUUUCUUCGUCUAAUGAUGAUAAUUUCCAUUUUUUUUACCUCUAUUAAUAGCAUGUGGCCAAACUGGAGAAAGAAACCAUAGGGAAAACAAGGGGGUCGGGGUGGGGUGUCCGCUUUAUAUGCACGACUUUUUUUUUUAACAGAAGGGAAAAAAAACCACUUUGUUUUUGUUUUGUUUUGUUUCUCGGGACUCUCUGUCUCUCACCCGGUCGCAUCCGUCUGUCCUGCUCAGUGUUGAUGAUGUGUUUUCGUCUCUCUCUGGACGCCUCCUCUUUUGGAAAGUGACUUGAUCGCCGCUCUCUAGUUGAAGUUUCUUGCAUUUGGGCUGCUCAAAAUCUCUUUGUGGCUAUCAGAAACAGAGUGGAGCUACCUACCAUGUUUUCCCGAAAAUAAGACAUCCCCACAAAAUAAGCCGUAGAAGGAUUUCUAAGCACUUGCGCGAUAUAAGCCAUACCCUGAAAAUAAGACAUAGUGAUAGGCGUGACUAUGUAGUGUACCAGCGCAAAGCUGUACAGCCCUUCUCAUCUGCUCUCUCGGAGGUGACCAGAGUCAUGUGUCCAGAGGAGAUCACAGAUGGCCAUCUCCUUUGGAGGCAUCUCAGAUGGUUCCUCCAGUUUGGUCAACCCAGAAAGGGACCUUCUGUUCAAUCCAAUCAGGGAACUCAUUGGAUGGAGGCCCUGAGUUGACAUCAAUACAUCAGCCUUGUUGCAUUCUGGGAAACCAUCUUUUGUAAGGAAACGCAAUGCAACAGAGUCAGUAUGGUGGGCGCCCAUCUUACCUUAGAAACAAGGCAUAGCUCCAGAUUGACACUUUUGGGUGGGCCCUUGUAUAGGAGAGGAGGGUAUGGUCCUUGGGGACCUCUCCUCAUCUGAACUCAUCCUUUAAACCAAAUGCUUUCUGGACUUCUGGCCAAACAUCAAAGUUUCUCUUGGCUGUGAGGUCUACAUAUUCUUCAAAGGGACCAUCUUUUUCUUUCAAACUCAUUGGUACUUCUGCGGCUCAUUGUGGAAGAGCAUUUUUAGCCUCAGGUUCAUGCGUCCAGAGGAGAUUACAGAUGUCCAUCUCCUUUGGAAGCAUCUCAGAUGGUUCCUCCAUCUCCUUUGUAGGCAUCUCAGAUGGUUCCUCCAGUUUGGUCAGCCCAGAAAGGGACCUUCUGUUCAAACCAGUCAGGGAACUCAUUGGAUGGAGGACCUGAGUUGACAUCAACACGUCAGCCUUGCUGCAUUCUGGGAAACAUCAGUGAGCUUGCAAUGCAACAGUCAGGAUGGUGGGUGCCCAUCUCACCUUAGAAACUAGUCAUGGAUCCAGAUUGACACUUUUGUUGGGCCCUUUGUAUAGGGGAGGAGGGGACGGUCCUUGGCAUGGGACAUGGUUUGUGCAUGUAUUUUUGCUUUGCUAUGUCCCUUGUGCUCAUCUAAUUGUGUACAUAUUAGCACAGCGGACACACUAUGCAUCACCGGCGUCUUUGUGCACAAACCAAAGCCGCCGGUUCAGGAGCUGAGCGGAUUUUGUGACGGAUUUAAAUGAUGGAUUUAAGAUACUAAGUUGCUCUAGCGGCAACCCUUGAGUGAAAACAAAGGUGGGCCAUCUGUAUGAAUCCAGAGAACCCUGGAGGAGCUCUUCCGAGAAAUACUGUGUGCACACUAAGACAAAACUGUAUGUGUUUUAGGUUGUUUUUUUAAUUGUGUUUUGAAAUCGUGGAAUACAACUCAUUGGCGAAGUCUUUGCUUUGGAAAGAGCACUACCCUGGAGCGGACUAUAAAUACAGGGGUUACGUAUGGGCAUUAAGGGUAUCUUCUUAAGAGGAUCAUUAAGAAUUAAUAGCAGUGUGUUAUGUAAAGGUCACCGAUUUCACGUCUCCUUUGUAUGUAUGCAGAGCUCAGAUCAGUGAGAGAGAGGCAAACAUUUGCUCUUGAGAUGCUGUUUCUGGAGCUGAGUGAUGGCUUUUGGAAUUGUUUCAAGACUUACUUCUUGAAUUCCUUGGUUGCUUAAUCCAAGGUUGUUAUAAUUGUCCAAAUGCAUCUCAGGUGACCUUUCCCCGGCCAAAAAACCAAGUAGGAACACACACUUCAUCCUAAAGUACUCCGUGAUACAAUUUGAGGAAAGAACUGAGAAUCUGCUUCUGAAGGCCUAGCUGGUUGUGGUUCUCCUGGAGUCAAGUCAGCUCCUAGGUUGCCACCAAAAACAUGCUCUUGAGAUGCUGUUUCUGGAGCUGAGUGAUGGCUUUUGGAAUUGUUUCAAGACUUACUCCUUGACUUCCUUGGUUGCUUAGUCCAAGGUUGUUAUAAUUGUCCAAAUGCAUCUCAGGUGACCUUUCCCCGGCCAAAAAACCAAGUAGGAACACACACUUCAUCCUAAAGUACUAUUUGAUUUCAGGAAAUUUGAGGAAAGGACUGAGAAUCUGCUUCUGAAGGCCUAGCUGGUUGUGGUUCUCCUGGAGUCAAUCAGCUCCUAGGUUGCCACCAAAAACAUACGCUUCUUUCUGGAGCUUAGUGAUGGCUUUCAGAAUUGUUUCAAGACUUACUCCUUGACUUCCUUGGUUGCUUACUCCAAGGUUGCUAUAAUUGUCCAAAUUCAUCUCAGAUGACCUUUCCCCGGCCAACAAACCAAGUAGGAAUACACACUUCAUCCUAAAGUACUCUUUGAUUUCAGGAAGUUUGAGGAAAGGACUGAGAAUCUGCUUCUGAAGGCAUAGCUAGUUGUGGUUCUCCUGGAGUCAAUCAACUCCUAGGUUGCCACCAAAAACAUGCCACCGAAAGCAGCUUCAUUGCCAUGCCCUGGGCCAGCCAACCCACGGAGCAUGGGCCACAAACAUGAAGGAUGCUUGUACGUUGGCAUGGCUCCCUCCUAUGUCAGAUUUGCAGCUUUCUCAGUCCAGGGAAGUCUUCUGAAACCAGGAAGAUCGCAUUGGCAAUGGGGAUGUGGUUUCCAAAACUGAAUGCACUUCGUUCUCUCCCACCUUCUUUUAUUUACACAUUGCACUUUAAUUCUUCUGGCCAGUGUUUCAUGGAGUUCCUAAAGGGAAGAGGGGGAGAGAUAGGAUCAAUAGUUUUCCCGGGAUCCAAAUCAGUGGUUCGAUUUCCUGUGGCGUUCCAAAGCAAAGACAUUCCUCUCUGCUGCUUUCUUAUCUAAUCAUUUACAGGGAUUUUUUUACAAGACUAAUGUUUCUAUAUUUAUGCGUUUGUAGUUUACUUGCACACUAAAGCCGGAUCCCUUUGGGGUUCAAGCUUCCUAUGCACCAAGCGGUACGGUCCCCGGCACGACGGAUGCCUGGAUGACGUUGCUUUUUUGGAUGUGGGAAGGAGACUAAUUUUGCUGCUUUGGGUUUUGUUGAAUGUAUCCGGGACGAGACUUCACUUUACGCUCGUGUUUUCCUUCUUCGUUGUGACUCAUCCCAAACCCGGAAUGAGACUUCACUUCACAAAGCUUGUGUUUUCCUUCUUCGUUGUGACUCAUCGUCAAUCUGUGUUAUGUCGACAUAGUGGGAAUGUAUCUUGAUUUUUGUGCUUCCGCAUUCGAACAGAAACAGGGAAAGGAAUUGACUGUAUCAUGUUGCGUUUCCGAAUUCCAAGAGCAGAUGAUCCGACUGGUCUUGUCAUACUUGAAGAGCUCCUUGGCAUUCAUUGAAGGCUUUUGUUUAACGACAACGCACUUGUGUCUCUCUGGAAGUCCCAAACAAUAUGUUUUCCUUUUCAGUAUUACUUUUAACAAUGUAAGCGCAAGAGGGCUUCACGUACCCGAAACACUCAUAGCCUAUUUAUUAUCCUAUUUAUUAAUAGCCUAAUUUCCACACAUUUUGUUGGUCAAAUGUUUUGAAUAAGUUGUUAUGUUCCUUUCCUCACACAAACACACAUAUCCCUUUGCCCGAAAUGUACAAUGUUGAUGGCCUUCUCAAACAGAAUCCUGCUCCCUCCCGAAAAAAGGAUCUCAUUCCGGCGAAGGCAACACACCUCCGUGAUGAAUUCCCAAUUGGUUUUGUUGUCUUUCCCUCCCUUCGGCCCUUCUUCUCCUCCCCUUCCAUGUUUUAUUUUGUAAAUAUAUAUCUGACGUUCGGAGCUUGGGGUAUACAAAAUGUAAAUACAGUUCAUGUAUUUGUACUAAUUCUGAUCCAUUUUGCUGUAUAGCCUUUAGGUGUGCAAUGCCGAUAACUCUUAAUCUAACUCUGUGUAUGGUAACCUGGCACCACCAAACCUGUUAGCGAACGAGGCGAACAAAACGACAACAAAUAAAGAUUUAAAAAAACAGUGCAUUACCAA